AUGGCCCUCUCGACCGUCGCCGGCGACAAGCCAGCGGCGAGCUGGUCAGACAUGCUCUUCGACGUCCUCGCCACCGUCCUCGCCACCUUCAAUGACCCCGCCGACCUCCUCCGCUGCACCGCCGUCUGCCGCUCCUGGCACGCCGCCGUCGCCUCCGUCCGCGAGCACCACCCGCUCUUCUCCCGCCGCCCGCCGCCGCCGUGCCUAGUCUACACGGCUGCCGCCUCGGGCAACAGCGACGACAACACCCGUGCCGCCACCAUCUUUCCCCUCGCCGGCGACGGGAGGACGUUCGAGGUCACGCUGUCGGCUGAGCCCCCCAUUCGCAACAGGCACCGCAGCCAGAGCGCUGCCGCCGACAACGACGAAGAUGACUACGACUACGAGAUCGUCCAGUACAACUGGACCAUGGAGCAGCGUGACGACCGGCCACCGACCCAGGCGAAGGCAGACGAGCUCGCUGACUACCUCCUCAUGCGCGCCUUCCUGUCGUCUGAUCCAUCAUCGGACAGUGGCGGCGGCUGCAUCGUUGUCCUGCUCCACCGGCCAGAGUACCAGCUCUCGUUCGCGCGGGUGGGCGUCGACGAGCGCUGGGCUUGGGUCAACCUGCCCGACUCAGACUUCUACACCGACGUCGUCUACAACAACCGUGACGGCAUGUUCUACGCUGUCACGCACCAGGUCGCCAUCCACGCCUACGACUUCUCCGGUGGGCCAUCCGCCGUGCGCCGGACGAUCGUCCUAGCCGACCAGUUACACGGCGUCAUCAACCUCGAGACCAAGUACCUCAUCCACGGCCCCAACGGCGACGGGUGGCUGCAGGUGUGGAGGAUGCUGAAGCCCGUUCGUGCGGGCGAGGUGCACGACGCCGGCGCCGCCACCAACGGCGACACGACGCGGACGACGGCGGUGUAUAGGAAGACGACGAUCUGGAUCAAGGUGUACCGCGUGAACCUCGCCGCGCAGAGGCUGGAGGAGACGGCGACGCUGGGCGAAGGCAGCGACAGCCACGCGCUGUUCAUCGGAUGCUACCAGCCGUUCUGGGUGCCGGCCGCCGGCGGCGACGGCGAGUGCCCCAGCGGCGCGCUGCCCAACCAUAUUUACUACACGGACAACGAUGAGGACUACGCGCUGCUCUACCCGGAGGCACCCAGGGACAUCGGCGUCUACAGCGUCGCAGACGGCAGCUUCUCGCCGUUCCGGCCAACUCAACCAUGGCUGACUUGGCCAUUGCCGACUUGGCUUGUUCCCAAUUUCGGAUACUACCAUCAGUGUUAA